AUUAAAUAUAAAAAUUAAUAUUUUUUAAUAAAAAUAUAUAUAGUUCUACUUAAUACUUAAUUUUAAAAGUUCGAAAAAUAAAAACAACUCUUUGUAGUUAUAUUUUUGUAAUUUUUUAUAGUUUCUUCGUUAAGUUUAAUUAGUUUUUUAUUAAUUUUAGGUCGUAUUUAUUGCUAAGCUAGCACCUUCUGGCUGUAAACAACGUGGCAACACUGCCCGACGCAACCGAGAGAGCCAAGCAGCGCCAUCACACACAGACGUCGCCGGCAAGCGAAACGUUGAGGGGUGCCAGAAGAGAGAUACAGAUACAAUCGGGGAAGCUAGAGCGGGCGAGAUAGCGAUAGCUCCUGUUACCAGUUCGUAGUUCCCAGUUAGGCAGGCAGUUGUCUUCCACAGCUGCACGCUAUCCUUUUGUGUUGUCGUCACACCGUGUUUAAAUCGCCCCCCUUUUUUUGUGUUCAGGCCUGUUUGGCAUCGACGCCCCUGUCACAGGCAGAAGAAGAAGAAGCAGAGAAGGUAGAAGAAGAAGCAAAAGCAGUGGCAGUAGCAGUAGAGAGAAGCGAAGCAGAGGCAACAGCAGAAACGAACGAAACAGCAGAAACAGCACACAGCUCGGUAAAGGCAAAAAGGCAAAGCUGUGGAGUAGUUGUUUGGAUGUGGACGGAACGGAAGACUGUCGGCGACUAACAUAAAAUUAAAAAAAACCAAAAUACAUGCUGGCUGGCUGGCGGUGGCAAUCGCAGCUCAUCGCAUCAAGCAUCUCCAGGCAUUCUUGCAUCAACGCAUCUUGCAUUAAAGCAUCUUGCAACAACGCAUCAUCUCGUAUCGCAUCAAAGUACAUUGAGAGGAGCAGCAACGGAAGGACACGAGUGAGGAGCCAGGAUAUCAACCAAAAGCGAUUGUUAUAAAAAAUCCACGAAUCCUGGGCCGCUUCACUACCACCACCACUACAUCAUCAUCAUCAUCAUCAUCAUUAUUCUCAUUAUCAUCCCUUAAUCUUCAUCAGGAUUGGCUGAAAUUGGCAGGAUCAGGAAUAGGAACAGGAACAGGAUCUGGAUCAGGAUCAGGAUUAGGAUUAUAGCCCAAAAAUGUCCAACGGGAAUGCGUCGGCCUCGUUCUUCGAGAACGGGACCGCCACACAGUUCGAAUACUGCUACCAGAUGUACCCCGAGGUCCUCAAGCUGAAGGCCGAGAAGCGCUCCAAGAAGCCACAGGAGCUCAUCCGUUUGGAUCAAUGGUAUCAGAAUGAACUGCCCAAGCUGAUCAAGGCACGCGGCAAGGACGCCCACAUGGUAUAUGACGAACUGGUACAGAGCAUGAAAUGGAAACAGUCGCGUGGCAAGUUCUAUCCCCAGUUGUCCUACUUGGUCAAGGUGAAUACACCCCGUGCCGUCGUCCAGGAGACAAAGAAGGCCUUCCGCAAGCUACCCAAUUUGGAGCAAGCGAUUACAGCUUUAUCGAACCUCAAGGGUGUCGGGACAACAAUGGCAUCCGCCCUGUUGGCCGCCGCCGCCCCCGACUCAGCACCGUUUAUGGCCGAUGAAUGCCUGAUGGCCAUACCGGAGAUCGAGGGUAUCGAUUAUACCACCAAGGAGUACCUCAACUUCGUCAAUCACAUCCAGUCUACAGUGGAGCGCCUCAAUGCUGAGGUUGGUGGCGAGACGCCGCACUGGUCGCCGCAUCGUGUCGAAUUGGCAUUAUGGUCGCAUUAUGUCGCCAAUGACCUCAGUCCCGAGAUGCUGGACGAUAUGCCGGCGCCGGGAGCAACUGCAUCAUCGGGCAAUACAGUUGCCGGUGGUGCCGGCAAUCUCAGCACAAAUGGUAGUCUGGGCAGCAAGAGCAGCAAGGUUCUCGAUGGCGAUGAUACCAAUGACGGUGUGGCCGUCGAUCUGGACGACGAGAGCCUGGGAGCAGGCGGUCGGAACACUGCUACCGAAUCGGAGACAGAGAACGAGAACACCAACCCGGCUGUCCUCACCGGCGACUCCAAGAUCAACAACAGCAACAGCAAUGCAGCUGGUGUGGUGGGCGCUUUGCAGGACGGCGACUCGAACUUUGUAUCGAACGAUUCCACCUCACAGGAGCCGAUCAUCGAUGACAAUGAUGGCACCACACAGACAACCGCCACCACCACAUCCACGGAGGACGGUGAGCCGGCCAUGUCCCUGGGAAUUGGCAUUGGAAUUGGCAUUGGCAUUGGAAUGGGUGUGAGUGGCGGCGGAACACCGCUGGCCAGCGACUCGGAGAGCAAUCUGGAGGCGCCACUUAAAGCCAACAGUCUGACAAGCCUCAACCAGCCAGCAGCAGCAGCAGCACCAGCACAGCCCACGAGCCAUGCUCCCAGCCAGCAGCCGCACAACAACAACAAGCAGAUCACCAACAACGGGCAGGUAGCCUCUCCAGGCACAGAGGCAGGAUCAGCAGGAGCAGUUCCUGAAGUAAAGCCGACCAGCAAAGUGGGAGUGGCCGCCAAUGGUAAUGGCAAUGGCAAUGGAGUGCUGGGCGAUGGAGAGGACGAGGAUGAGGAGGAACUGGAGGAGGAGGAUGAGGACGAGAACGAGAAUGAGGCGGAGAUAGAGGCUGAUGAGAGCAACAGUAGCAAUGGCAUUGUGCGGGACAGUAAACUGCAGCAGUUGCAGCAGGUGGUGGCGACGAACAAAGCAGAAGCGGCGGAGACGGAGACGGCGGCGGCGGCAGCGGCAGCAGCGGCGGCGGGAGAUGAUGGCGUGGUGGUGGCAGCCAUUGGCCAGAAGCGAUCGGCACUGCACUGCGAUAUGGAGCUGAAGAAUGCCGGCGGCGGCGGCGGUGUGGGGGAGAAGUCGCCGGAGCUGAAGAAACUGCGCAGCGAAUGAGGCGGGCGAGGAUGCGGAAAUGAUAACGAAUGGCGGAUGCGGAUACGGAUGCGGAUACGGAUAUGGAAGCUGAGGCGGAAGCGGAAGCGAUGGGGGUAGAGGGGGGGGGCGGUUCGAUUCGAUUUCAAUAUCGGGGGUUUACCGGACACACCGUAUCUGGUGGAAAGACAUAUGUAUGUAGUGCAGUUGAGUCCGAAAUAGAGACAUAGAGCAACAUUACCUACACUUUACCACAACAACAUUCAAGAAAUUCUACUAUUAAGCAACUAAUUAUACCUACAUAUAAUAUAUUAUAUAUAUAUAAACGACAUAUAACGAGAGAACACACAACACACAACACAACACAGCACACAACACUCACGCAACAUGAAACAUAAAAAAGAAAACAAAGCUCAGAUCAUAUAGAAGGAGGGGGGAGACAGCAGAACCACAAACAUUUCAAUAGGAAUAGGGAUAGAAAGUGAGGAGGAGAAGAAUUAGAAUCAGGCCGCAAGUGUAGACAGUAGACAGGCAGAAGAAUCAGAAUCAGAAGAAUCCGAUAUCCGAUCAUGAUGAAAUAGAAACCGAGAAGAGCUGGAGAAGAUGAAGAAAGAGAGUUCAGAUUGCAGCAACAGCAUGUUAACUUAAUAUUAUUAAUUGAAACGAAAAGCAAAUACAUAAAUAGAAAAAAAAAAAAAAACUAUAUAAACCAGAUCCAGAUGGAAGCGAUAUUUUUACAUACAGAAGUCAAGAAAAUAAGGAACAUUUAAAUAUAACAUUUAAAAGAAAUUUACAAAUGCCGCAGUUGCCCACUACAUACAACAAAAAAAAAAGAAAUUAAUAUUAAAACAAAAAAAAAAACAGAAAAAGGAUGAAAAGGAAAACAAUAAUUAUAAUAAAAAAAAAGAAACAGAAAAGUAAUUUAUAUACAUAAGUAUUUAAAUUUAACAAUAAAUCAAAACUUGUCGCAUAUAAACACGCAUUCGUCGUGAUUCCGAGAUCCCCAACGCCCCCAGCCACGCCCCCUAUAUAUAUAUAUUCUGCCACAGCUCGCUCUCUCUCUCUCACUCUAUCUCUCUCUCUCUCUCUAACACACAACAAAUCGGAAGAAACAAAGCAAAACAAAACAAAACAAAAACAAAACUCAUUUCAAAAACACUAAGAAAUUUUUGUGGUCGUAACUGUAAUAAUAUAAUUUAUAUUUUAUGUGUACAACUUUUUUUUUUUUAAAAAAACUAUACAUAUACUGAAUUUUUUAUAAUUUAUACGAUAAUCACUUUUUCAUUUUUGAUUUCCACAAACGGACAGUCCUAACUGGAUGGAGUGUAGGGGAUGCUUUGGGGGGGAAUUGUUGGAGACGGUGACGAUGGCGGGCAGUGCCUGCCACCCACCCCCAUGUGACCUCCAAGGCGACCCGGCAAUCGCACCCAGUUCGGACUUCACGCAAAAAGAAAACAGCAAAAAAAAAACACACAUCUCAAAAUUAUAAUCAUUUUAUUAUUAGUAGCAUAAGACCGAAUAAAAUGUGAAAUAUUAAGAGAACACGUCAUCAAACUGAACAAAAA